GACAGUCUGGGCUAUUAUUGGACAGAAGAAGACCAGUCAGUGCCUGACUUUUCAUUUUAUUCGGGUAUUUACCCCCCUCAGCUGAAGAUUUGGAGCCUUUACAUUAUUUCUUUUAUGAAUCUGGCAAAUUACUCUUACUUCUCUGGCAUGUGCAACAUGACCGCAGAGACGCAGCACUCGCCCGCCGAGGCCAGUCCUGUCGUCCUGUCUCCAAACGUCAGCCUGGACUCGCCGCUGCCUCCUGCGCCGCCCCUGAUGCUGCAGGCCCGGACAAGCAAGGACAACGUUUUGAUCAAGUCCGAGCCCAGAGGGAGCAGCCCCGGCGCGGAGGACGGAGCCGCCCUGGGCCAGACCGAGGAGCACCUGCCCACCGGGAGCCGCCGGAGGAAGAGGCCCGUCCAGAGGGGGAAACCUCCCUACAGCUACAUCGCCCUCAUCGCCAUGGCCAUCGCCAACUCCCCGGAGAGGAAACUCACCCUGGGGGGCAUCUACAAGUUCAUCAUGGAGCGGUUCCCCUUCUACAGGGAGAACUCCAAGAAGUGGCAGAACUCAAUCCGCCACAACCUCACCCUCAACGACUGCUUCGUGAAGAUCCCCCGGGAGCCCGGCAGACCAGGUAAAGGCAACUACUGGACCUUAGACCCCGCAGCCGAGGACAUGUUUGACAACGGGAGCUUCCUGAGGAGGAGGAAGAGGUUCAAGCGCACAGAUGUGAGCACUUACCCCGGGUACAUGCAGAGCUCCAGCGCCUUUACCCCAACCCCAAUGGGUAGACCCUCGUACCCCAACACCCUGUACGCCGGGAUAGGGUCUGGUUACGGCUCCCAGCUCACGGCCACAUCCCCGCAUCAUCCCGCCAUGCUGCAUCACUACCAGACCUCCGCAGGGGUCGGCCAGGGACAGCCGCGCAUGUUCAGCAUCGACAACAUCAUCAGCCAGCAGACGGUGGUGCAGAGCGGCCCGGGGGGAGAGCUCAGCUCCCAGGCGCUGGGGCUUGGUGGCGGUGACCUGGGCACCAUGACCUCCAGCUGCUCGGUCACCGGCCCCGACCCGUCUGCGUGCUUCCAGACCCAGACGGUCAACCCCUCGGCGAACAUGCUGGGCAGGAACAGCGGGAACAUCGCCUCCAAUCUGGUCGCCGGGUACCCCUACUCGUCCUCGGCCUCUCCUCCAAACCUGCCCGCCAUGACCCAGUCCGGGUUCUCACCGGGGAGCUCCCAGGUUUACUGCUCCGGCAACAGGCUCUCCCUGCCGACCCUGCGCCCGGGCUCCUGCGCCGAGCACACGGAGCAGCUGCUGGGCCUCUCCAGCCCCAUGAACUCCUACAACAACACCUACAUGAGACAAGCCAACUUUGCGUCAGGGUUAGACCGGUACAUGUGAGACUUUAUCUGCGAUAAAAGGUCCAAACUAUUCACACACAGGUUAAGUAGUCCCAUAUUGAAAAAUAUGCCCAGUGAGUCCAUGCGUAAUGAACACAAUUAGGCCUGAAUCCAAACAUAAGUGGCCCCUAUCAGAAUAUUAUUGGGAUAUGAUAUCUAUUCCAAAAUGCCUUAAAUUGCUGAAUAUUGCUUCAAUAUAUCAAUUUCUGAAAGAAUCAAUUUUACCUUUUCUAAAGUUAGAAACGAAAUGACUCACAAUGACCGAGCCUCAUGCAAAAACAUUCCUAUUUAAAAGGUGUAAAGCCAUUUAAACCCGUUUGACACAUUCCAUGACUGUAUGUCGACUUUCAUGUAUUUUAUUGUGACACAUUUCGUUCAUAUUUCCAAUGGUUUUUGUUCAAGUUCGUUAUAUUGUCGUCAGUGGUUCUUUUUCAUGUAAAUAGUUUGUAUAAAAACUUGAGUUAAA